AUGGCAGAGCUCACACCUCCAUCAUCAAACAAUAAUACACCUCUUCGUCCUUCCGACCCAGAUUCCGAUCCUCCUGAUCCUCCUUCACCCACAUUAGGCAAUCGUCCGCCUCAUCCACUAGCCAUGUCCACCAAUUAUUCUCCUCAGAUGCAAGAUUCACCACCUCUUUCAUCUCCUUCAGGACACAUAGAUAUGGAUACUCCUGUUGGAUACACAGGUGCUGAUACACCACUCGGAUCUGACGUGGAAGAUGGAGAACGCGGUAGGAUGAUGGAUGUUGGAGAAGGAGAGGAAGGGAUGGAUUUAGAUCAUGUUAGUUCUCGUUCUUCACAAGGAGAGAAAGAAGAAAAGAUGGAGGUUGAUGGAAUGGGUGAAGAGGGGAAAGGCUAG